UCUCAUUCGCUGAGCGCUCAUCUGUCUGCACCGGACCCCCUCCCGUCUCCUCUGGCUGGACUCACUCACACGUGUGAACCACUGCAGAGCUGAGGCUACACGUCAGGGUGAAACUUGUUCCGCCUCGUAUACUUUCCCUGAACUAAGUGAGUUCCAAUACUACGUCGGCUGCUCCAAAUUCUAUCGUCGGGACCUUGAAAGCCGGAGGGGGAAAGCGGUGUAGACUUCCACACCACCACCGCAGCACUAACCCAAGCAGAGAGACAGGACUUUAACAGGAAAACCUGACCCCGUCCCGGGACCCCCACACGGAUUAUCACAACCUGGAACUUUGUAAACCAUGCAUUUACUCGGAGUAUCGGUGGUGCUCGUAUACUUGAUCUGCAGCAGCCUCGCCAGUGACGAGUUCAGCCAGCCAGACUACUAUGACUACUACGAGCAGGAGCAGGGAGACGAGCCGGACGCCCCCCCGGAGUCCGACAUGGAGCAGAGGCUGCGCUCAGCUUCCAGUGUGGACGAGCUCAUGAACCUGGUCUACCCCUCCUACUGGUCCGCACUCAAGUGCCGCUCUAAGCUGUCGACGGCGGCCGGCGGAAUGGGAGGCAUGGGCUCCGGUGCCCAGGCCGCCUUCCGCCUGUCGGGGGCCCAUGGGGCCCCCACACGGCCCCUGGAGGAGCCCGGCUACGCGGCCGCCUUCUACGACAUGGACAUGGACGUCAUGAAGAGCAUUGACGCGGAGUGGAGGAAGACCCAGUGCAUGCCCAGGGAGGUAUGUGUAGACGUGGGCCGAGAGUUCGGGGCUCCCACCAACGUCUUCUAUAAACCGCCCUGUGUGUCCGUCUACAGAUGUGGGGGCUGCUGCCAGUCUGAGGAUAAACAGUGCCGGAACAUCUCCACCGGCUUCCUCAGCAAAACGCUCUUUGAGAUCACGGUGCCCAACACCCAGGGCCCCAAGCCGGUGACCAUCAGCGUGGCCAACCACACCCGCUGCAACUGUCUGUCCAAACCCGACGUCUACAAACAGGUCCACAGCAUCAUCCGCAGAGCCCUGCCAGAGUGUCCCAUAGCCAAUAGGACGUGCCCGUUAAGCCAUGCCUGGAACAGCAGGCUUUGCCGCUGUGUUGCUAAGACAACCACCUGGCAACAGAACCACCCUCCACCACCUCCUCCUCCACCUCUGAGGCCUGCCCCGCAGCACAUAGACAUAUUCGCAGCCGAUGUGUGCGGUCCAGACAAGGAGCUGGACGUGGAGAGCUGCCAGUGUGUGUGUCGCCACGGCGAUGGCGCCGCGGCCCCCUGCGCCCCCCACCAACACCUGGACCGCAACACGUGUCAGUGUGUGUGCAACGCCCGGCCCCCCUCGGCCUGCCCGGCACACCACGUGUUCGACAGGGAGAGCUGCCAGUGCGUUUGCGAGCGCGCCUGCCCCCGGCACCAGCCCCUCAACCGGGCACGCUGCUCCUGCGAGUGCAGUGAGUCGCCCAACAGGUGCUUCCUCAGAGGACGCCGCUUCCACCAGGCCACCUGCAGCUGCCACCGGCCCCCCUGUGAGCCCCGGAGGAGGAAGUGUGAGGAGGGCUACUCCUACAGCGAGGAGGUGUGUCGCUGCGUGCCCUCCCACUGGAGACGGCUGGACUGAGAGACCCCCAGACCCUCCCUAUACACCUGCUACUCUUCCUCUUUACCGCAGCCUAAUCAGGAACCCAAACCAUUUGCUUAGCCAAUCACACCUAAGCACCCCAGCCCCGCUCGGUCCAAAAACAGCAGAAAAUGAAAACGAAAAAGUAGGACUUUUUAGUUUUGUUGAGAUCCCUUUGAACACGACUGUGUGUGCUGACGGAUCAGGAUGAUAGGGUGUUGGGGGAGUAACUUUGGAUGAGUGAAAGUCAGAAGGAGCAGGGUCCAUGUGGUGGUUUGGUGCGGGUCUUAGUCUCACAGACAUUUGCGUGGGAGUGCCCCCCAGAGACCACCAGCAGGCCGGCGGACCCAUCGGGCCUUUUUAGAUUUGUUCAUAUUGUCUGAAUAUCAAAGUAUUGAAGUUUAAAAUAUUUCCAUUUUUUUUAUGAAUGCCGUAUUAUUCUUAAGUCAGAUAUUGAUUAUAUAAUUUAUUACAAUUUCUUGUUUUCAACCUCUUUGUUUAUGUGCCAUUUUUAGCAUGACAAUACACUGUGAUCAAUAUGUUGGAACGUUUAAAGUAUAUGUUGUCAAAUAAACAAUACGUGUGUAUAUUGUUAAAUUAUUCGAUGGCUUUAUCGUGUAACCAUUACAUGAAGAUUGAGACAUGAUGACAUAUAUACUUCAUAAAGCCAAUGCUCCCAGACCGAGGCUACAGAUUAUACAAUAAAGAAGAAAGUAUUUUUUUUUCCUAUUAUUUUAGAAUUCAUCAGCGACUCAAUUUCAACAAAUAAAAAAGUCACUCAGAACGGGAAUCAAGCACAGUUCGAGAUAACUUUGGAGUGAUUGAAAUUUAUUCCCAGAACAGUCUGGCAGGCGAAACAGAGUCCAGGUACAGGCAGGGUUCGUGGACAGGCCGGCAGACAGGUACAAGCAGACAGGUACAGGCAGAUAAUCCAGAAACGACAGGCCAAAGACCAGGGCCGUGCAGAGACCCUUUGAGGGGCAGGGGCUCAAAUUCAAAAAAGGGCACAUGUUUGUUCAUGAACUCAUCAGAAGUGGUUUGGUGUUGAUAUCUAUAAAAACAAUUAAGCUAUUACAAAAUAAAAGCCUUGAAUAUGAAUUAGCCUAACUAUACACAAUGUAUACGUAUGACUUUAAUUUUUUUUUUUAAUGUUUUUCUAUUAAACACAGGGUGUUGGGAACUCCACAAUGAGUUUAUGAACACAUCAGAAGUGGUUUGGUGUUGAUAUCUAUAAGAACAAGUGAGCUAUUAAAAAUAAAGCCUUAAAUAUGGAUGCAAUGCAUGCACUGAAAACUUUUGCAUUUUUUAAAAACAAUUAAAAGUUUUUCUUUAAAACAAGGGGUAGUGGGGACUACAAAACGAGUACAUAAACACAUGAGAAGUGGUUUGAUGUUGAUAGGAAUAAUUUCAAGUGAGUUAUUAAGAAUUAAAAAAAUGAUGUUGCACUUUUUUGACGGACCCUAAGCACUUGACGCUAUUACAGAUACAACCCCGGAAAAUAGACGAAUGUCGAAUAUAAAACCAAUUUCACCCAGUUCUGCCAGAGAGACACUGAGACAGAGUAGACAUGAAACGGAUUUGGCCAUGGCAUGUGGCCAAGUAGUCACUACAGAGUAUACAGAUUAAAUAUAACGAUGUAUGCUUUCCCUUUGCAAUUUCAAAAGGUUUCCCAGAUAGGUUAGCUGUAUAGCUAGCUGGUAGGCUAUAGAAAAUAAACCGAGUGGUAGCCACUUUCACAGGUCAGUUAAAACGAUGCUAGUUGAAAAGCUUUUGCUGGCAAACAUAGGCCUAUACUUCAAAAUGACACUACAAAACGAGAUAACUGUUACAGUUUAUUUAGCAUUAUCAACUUUAUGGUUUUGGAAACAACUGUCUGUGUCUGACUCUGUAGUGAUCUUACCCUGCGUUGUACCGUCUCUUAAAACAACAAGCGCAUCUUGCAGGCAGACAAAUUGUGAAAGGUCACGUUGAUAGCCUAUGACGUCACCCAGCGGCAGCAGCGCACUGAGCGCCUGUAAACGAGGCUACAAAGUACAAACUUUACUUCUGUGUCAUUACUUUUAGACAUUUUUAUACUCGAAUAAUUGAUUCACAUGUUAAUGUGUAAUUUUACAAAGCAUUGAAAAUUUAAACGACCACUCAAAAGGGCACUUUGGUCCUUCAGAGGGAAAAGGGCAGGGGCUCGGGCACCCAUAGCCCCCCCCUCUGCACGUG